AUGCGAUUCCAGAACCUCGUGUUGGCUUUCGGUGUCCUGGUCCACUCCCAGUCCACGCCACCAGAACAGUGCGCCACUGGAGUGCACGCCAUCCUUAUCCGAGGCCAGGGACCAGGCGAUCACUUGAAUGUAAUGGUGACUAUCCAGAAUCUGGUGUUGCAGCUUAUUCCCGGCUCGACUAGCAUCGCUUUGCCCUAUAAACACGGCGCAGACGAUCACCGUAUCGCUGCUGGCAACGGGGCAUAUCUGAUGCAGGAAUAUAUCCGAGAAUACAUCGCCGACUGCCCAAAUUCGAAGAUCUUCUUGCAUGGAUACUCAUUGGUAAGUCCUCAUUCCAUGGUCGGACACAUCCCGUUUCAGAUCUGCUUUUCUAUUCAUUCCUUCUCGAACCGUGUUCUCCUGCUAGAAGGUUUAUGCGGCUACUAUCGCUUCCCCCGUGCGCUAGCAAACAAAUCCCCGAAGAACGGCCAUGCAACCAAUGUAUCCCGGCUGGAUUCCUCUCCUCGGUGGCGAUAUGAAAUCCAGCUGAAACAUGAAAUCUUCACAGGGAGGAAUUGUCCUGAUGGACGGUCUAUGUGGAACCAGUUCGUCUUGGCUCUUCCCCGUGCCAGCCUUGGAGCCAAAGUAUAA